AUGAGCGCCGACCAGCUGGCCGAGAACGUGAAGGCGACCGAGACUCAGCUCCUGGAGCGCCUCAAGAAGGGCUGGGACCACGUGCACUCACUCGUCCUCAAGUCCACCAUGGGACCCGCGUUCAAGUUUGCCGACGUGGUCCAGGAGGAUGCGGCUGAACCAACAAGGCCGACUCAAUCUACAGCAGAAGCCGAGCCGCAACAGGAACAGGAACCUAGGUCACCCACGCCGAUUUUGCUGAAGAGGUUGAGCGAGGAGAAGGUGUACAAAUGCGUCAACACUGUGCUGAGGGCCGCAUCUACAAAGCGCCGCAGAUUCGUGGAGACGGUCGACCUGCUGGUCUGCCUCAAGGACUACAACAUCCAAAAGUACAAGCGCGUCAGUGGCGUCCUUAAGUUACCGCACUACCUGAAGCCGGGCUUCCGUGGCUGUCUGAUCGGCUUCAAGGCAGAGCGCAAGGAAGCCAGGGCUGCCAACCUCGACUUCAUCGGUGUUCACGAAGUCAAGCUGAUGCAUUCGCGGCCCAUGGCGAUGAAAAGGCUUGCGGCGAGAUACGAUGGCUUCCUGGCUCGCGAGCAACACAUCCAAGUGCUCAACAAGGUCUUGCGGCAGAGUUUCUCCAAGAAAAGGAAGUACAUCACGCCGGUACUGCUGGGACAGCCACUGCAUGAUGCCGUUGAAGAGAUAAGACGCAGCACCAUGCUGUGGAUGAAGUCGGAUCCGGCGUUCGGCAUCUCUGUAGGACACGUGAAGAUGGACGUCUACGAGCUGGCCGACAACGUCAUGGCUGUCGUGACUCAGGUCCUGGAGAAGCUUAGGCACGGAUGGGACAACGUGCGCUCGCUGAACAUCAAGUCCUCCAUGGGACCCGUCUACCAGCUGUACUGA